AUGUAUGUAAGGUGGAGGACUUGGGUUUGUUCUGGGGAAGGUAAAAGAAAUAAGAAGCAUUUAGAACGCACUGAUCGAAAACGACAUCAUAAAGCUGAGACAAGAACUGGUUGUGGUGCUAAAUUUCGGGUUUGUCGUAUAAGCAAAACCAUGAAAAAUUACAUUGUCAUAGAGUUUGUGAGUAACCACAAUCAUCCCUUAGCAGCACCACAUUGUGUUCCCUUUCUGCGAUCGCAUAGACGUAUGGGUGAUGUAGACAUAGCUCAGGUAAUGGCCAUGCGGAAUGUAGGCAGCUGCAUGAAGUUAGCGCAAAUUAUGGACUAUAUGACAUGUCAGUCUGGGGGUUUCCAUAAUGUGGGGUUCACUGUAAAAGAUUUGCGUAACAAAUUGUAUAGCAUUCGUAAAGAAGAGAUAAGAAAUGGGAAUGCUGAGGGUGCAUUGGGAUACUUGUCUGCUCAAGUAAGUAAUGAUCCGUUAUUUUUCUUCAAGUACACUGUUGACGAGGAUGACCGGUUGGAGGCACUUUUCUGGAUAGAUAGGAGGUCUAAGAUGGAUUAUGCUAUAUUCGGAGAUGUGUUAGUUUUCGACACGACCUAUCGAACCAAUGCUUACAAAAAGCCAUUUGUCAUACUGGCAGGAGUGAGUAAUAACUUUACAACGACCAUAUUUGGUUGUGCGUUGUUGUCGAAAGAGACAGAAGAUACAUACAAUUGGGUUCUUUCAAUGUUUUUAGAGGCUAUGGAUGGUAAACGGCCCAUCUCAGUGGUCACAGAUGGUGAUUUGGCAAUGCGAAAUGCAAUUAGAAACAUUUUUCCUGAUGUAAGGCAUCGCUUAUGUUCGUGGCAUCUGGAGCGAAAUGCCGCUAAAAAUGUUCACAUACCGGAAUUCGUAUUUGACUUUACCAUUUUGAUGCAAAUGGAAUGUGAUGUUGAAGAAUUUGAAACUCUUUGGGCUGAUAUGGUAUCACACUACGACCUAGAGACAAACGCUUGGGUGGUAGAGAUGUAUAGCGACCGCGAAAGAUGGGCCGAGGCAUAUCUUCUCGGCCAUUUCUUUGCAGGGAUGAGUAGCACUCAGCAUUGUGAAGGUAUGAACCAUUAUUUAAAUCGGUUCUUAACAGUAAGGCUACGACUUUUUGAAUUUGUCCAACAGUACCAUUGUGGUCUAGCUAGGAUGCGAGUUGCCGAUGCAGAGGCUGAGACGGCAACAGAGCAUAGUACCCCUGUCUUGAUCACGCAAUUGAAAAGCUUGGAGAAGAAUGGAACCGAGGUGUACACACAAUACAUAUUCAGAUUCUUUCAGGAUGAAAUACAGCGUGCAUCUGCAUUGAUUGUGGCGCGUCGUGUUGAUGAGAUGGAGCGUCGGUUGUACUUCAUUGAGAUGUACUCGCAUCCAGAAUCCAAUUGGAUGGUCGAGUAUUAUCCAAUUGAUAGCAGAAUCAAUUGUAGUUGUUUGAUGUUUGAGUCUUUUGGUCUACCUUGUUGCCAUAUGAUUGUGGUCAUGAAAUAUGAACACCUACCGACCAUUCCCCCUAGUUUAGUCAUGCGAAGAUGGACAAGGUGUGGUCGACCUCUAACCCAACAACCAAAUGUUUGCCAAAUUUCUCGCAGUAUAUCCCACAUGGCUAGGUAUGGGAUAUUGAGUUCGGGUUACAAAUUGAUGUCAUUCUAUGCGUCGCAUGCCCAGGACUCAUUUGAAGAUGCUAGAUGUUUAUUACUCAUUUUCCUUGGCCUAGUUGAUGUUGAUCUGAGUUUUUAUAGGUUGAUGAUUAGGAGGACAGGAGAAAUUUUGGCAUAUAUCCGCACUUUGAAAAUGUAUGCAUGGGAGCUUCUUUUUACUAGUUGGUUAAUGGAGACCCAAUUUUUGGAAGUGAAACACUUAUCGGCCAUUAUAUAUAUCAGGCGUUUAAGCAGAUUCCUCUCCUGUCCUGAGCAUGAGCCUGAAAAGACAGGAAAGUCUCCGGUAUUGUCUUGCGCUAAAGACCACUUUGAUAUGGCUAUUAUCAUCCAUAAUGCAUGUUGUACUUGGUCAAGCAGUGAUAAACAGGAUCUGGAUUUGAUAUUGGAUCAUAUGACUGUACACCUUCCAAAAGGCUCAUUGGUUUCAGUAAUUGGAGAGAGCUUUAUUGGGGUACUACUCAAAGCUAGCAAGUUGGUUGUGACAUCUUCUUCAUAUACUUUAUACUCAGAUGUGUUACAGGCAUGUGCACUUAAAGUGGACAUUGCACAAAUGAUAGGAGGUGAUCUGGCUUAG